UUCAAAGUAGACCAGAUCCGUGCCAUCAUGGACAAGAAGUCCAACAUCCGUAAUGUGUCUGUAAUAGCCUUUGAUCACGGCAAAUCCACUUUGACUGAUUGGCUGGUGUCAAAAGCCGGUAUCGUCAGCUCAGCUCGUGCUGGAGAAACCCGUUUUAUGGAUACAAGGCAUGAUGAGCAGGAACGUUGCAUCACCAUUAAGUCAACUGCUAUCUCCAUGUUCUAUGAGCUUGCUGAUAAGGAUUUGGCCUUCAUUAAAGAGUGCAAAGAUGGCUCCGGCUUCCUCCUCAACCUGAUUGACUCCCCUGGACAUGUUGACUUCUCUUCAGAAGUUACUGCUGCACUGCGUGUCACAGAUGGAGCAUUGCUGGUGGUGGAUUGUGUGUCAGGUGUGUGCAUCCAGACGGAGACAGUGCUCAGACAGGCCAUAGGUGAGAGGAUCAAACCAGUUUUGAUGAUUAACAAAAUGGAUCGAGCUUUCCUAGAACUACAAUUGGGCCCUGAGGAGCUGUACCAGAUCUUUCAGCGCAUUGUUGAGAAAGUCAACGUGACCAUCUCCACUUAUGCCGAGGAUGAGAAAGGCCCUAUGGGCAACAUUAUGAUUGAUCCUGUUGUUGGUAAUCUUGCCUUCGGAUCUGGACUGCAUGGAUGGGCCUUUACUUUGAAGCAGUUUGCUGAGAUCUAUGUGAAUAAGUUCGCUGCCAAAGGUGAAGCUCAGCUGGGACUCGAAGAGUACAUCAAGAAGGUGGAGGACAUGAUGAAGAAGCUUUGGGGCGACAGCUACUUUGACUGUACUACUGGCAUGUUCAGCAAGUCUGUGACAUCACCAGAAGGCAAGAACCUUCGCAGGACUUUUGUUCAUCUAGUCCUGGACCCCAUCUUUAAAGUAUUUGAUGCCAUCAUGAACUUCAAAAAGGAGGAAACCGCAAAGCUGAUUGAGAAGAUGGGCAUCAAACUAGAUGCGGAGGACGAGGAGAAGGAGGGCAAACUCCUGCUGAAGGCUGUGAUGCGUUGCUGGAUGCCGGCUGGAGAGGCUCUGCUUCAGAUGAUCACCAUCCACCUGCCCUCACCGGUUACUGCUCAGAAGUACCGCUGUGAGCUCCUGUAUGAAGGACCUGGAGAUGAUGAGGCUGCCAUGGGCAUCAAGAACUGUGACCCUAAAGGACCUCUCAUGAUGUACAUUUCUAAAAUGGUACCGACAUCUGACAAAGGUUGUUUUUAUGCCUUUGGUCGUGUCUUCUCUGGCUGUGUCUCCACUGGCCUAAAUGUGCGCAUUAUGGGGCCAAACUUCACCCCUGGAAAAGAGGAGGAUCUUUUCCUGAAACCCAUCCAAAGGACCAUUCUGAUGAUGGGUCGCUACGUUGAACCCAUUGAAGAUGUACCCUGUGGCAAUAUUGUAGGUCUGGUAGGUGUGGAUCAGUUUUUGGUGAAGACCGGAACCAUCACUACUUUCACAAAAGCCUACAAUAUGCGUGUGAUGAAGUUCAGCGUCAGUCCUGUGGUGAGAGUGUCAGUGGAGGCCAUGGACCCUGCUGACCUUCCUAAACUGGUGGAAGGAUUGAAGCAUCUGGCCAAGUCAGAUCCCAUGGUGCAAUGCAUCAUUGAGGAUACUGGUGAGCAUAUCAUUGCUGGAGCUGGUGAGCUUCACUUGGAGAUUUGCCUCAAGGAUCUUGAGGAGGACCAUGCCUGCAUUCCCUUUAAGAAAUCAGAUACAUUUGCUUCCUACAGAGAGACAGUCAGUGACGGCUCCAAACAAAUGUGCCUUGCCAAGACCCCAAACAAGCACAGUCGUCUCUUCAUGAAGGCCUCUCCUCUGGCUGAUGGUCUUGCAGUAGAUAUAGAUAAGGGUCAGGUCACUGCCAGCCAGGACAUGAAUGCCCGUGCCCGUUACCUUGCUGAAAACUAUAAGUGGGAAGUCACUGAAGCUCGUAAGAUCUGGUGCUUUGGCCCUGAGAGAAUUGGGCCCAACAUCUUGGUAGAUUUGACCAAGAGAGUCCAAUACUUAAAUGAGAUCAAGGACAGUGUGAUUGCUGGUUUUCAGUGGGCCACUAGAGAGGGAGUCUUGUGCGCAGAGAACAUGCGAGGUAUUCGCUUUGACAUUCAUGAUGCAACUCUGACUUCUACUACCAUUCACCGUGGUCCAGGUCAAAUCAUUGUUGCAACCCGCAGAGUGCUUUACGGCUGUCAGCUUACAGCUGAACCAAGGCUUUGUGAGCCGGUAUACCUGGUGGAGAUGCAGUGCCCAGAGUCAGUUAUUGGUGAUAUCUAUGCUGUACUGGUCAGGAGGCGUGGAUUUGUGUUUUCAGAGUCCCAGGUUACGGGAACUCCUAUUUAUUUGCUCAAGGCUUACUUGCCUGUCAGUGAGUCAUUUGGAUUUACAGCUUACAUUCGCGCCAACACAUCUGGCCAGGCCUUUCCACAGUGCUUGUUUGAUCAUUGGCAGAUCAUGCCUGGAGACCCAUUGGAAACUACCUCCAAAACUGCUCAUAUUAUGGCUGACAUACGAAAGCGCAAGGGCCUCGAUGAAGCCAUUCCAGCUUUACAUUGCUACUUGGACUAAUUGUAGGUUUAUUUAAGGUUUACAACCUGCACACACCUUAAAGCUUGUAUUCAAGCACUUGAACCUUUUUAAGUCUGACGACUCUAUAAUUAACCUCAUAUAUAUAUAAUCAAACCUACAAUUCAACUUGCACAUGUAUGAAAAAUGGCACGAGAAUAACCUGAGCAUUAACGAAAGGCACUUUCCGAAUUAAAUUGAGACCAGGCAUGACCAAACUAUAUGUACUAAAUGCCAAAUUGGUCUUCAUUUUGAUAGAUUAUGAAAUUUUAAACUCCACUAGAUGAAGAUUUUAUACUAAGAGCACUUUUUAGAUGUUUUUAAAAAUGUCUUUCCAGGAAGAAUUAAUGUAUCAUAUAUUGAACUGAGAAAUUGUAUUCAGUUAAGUAACACUAAAAUAAAAUUUUGAUCUUGCCAUGAGGCCAUAAACAAACUUGAAGGUUUACUCGUACUACUAAAUAACUGACUCGUUUGCCUUACGAAGGCACCUAUUAUCAGGGUUCCCACUCUCAUGAAAUACAAAUUCAAGGACUUAAAUCACCAUUAUUUUAAAUCAAGCACCAAUAAACGUCAUACCCCAGCUAAUGUAGCCCCAUAAGUUUUUACUGUGCUUAACAUUUCCAUAACACUUAAUAUUUACUUUUAAAAAUAUAAUAGUAAUGAAAAACAGUCAUGUUCAAACAAAGCUUUAAUACAAUUUGUUAAAAUUAACACUGGUAAUAUUCAAAUCAUACCUGCCAACACUCCCGUUUUUCCCGGGAGUCUCCCGUAUUUCAGACCCAUCACCCGCCCACCUCCCAUAUUGCUCUGUCUCCUGGAAAACUCUCGGAAUUCCGCCCCCGCUCCUCACCUUUUUUGGUUCACUCCCCAUGCCCAUCGAACCCAUAGCGCAACCAUCUUCUUACCUGGUUCCCAGUUCUUUACCCCCCCCCCCCCCCCCCCUACUCUUCACCUCACACCAGAAAUUCAAGCACUUUCAAGGUCUUGCGUUGGGUUUGUAGGUAGGCCUUGAAUUCAUAUGUCUUUCAAGAAGCAUGGGAACCUUGUAUUAUGGAGCAACAGGCUAAUGGUGGGAUUUCUCAGUUCCUAGUGUAAUUUUAAAGUUCAUGAUUUGUGCUAACUUAAGAAUGUAAUGAAUUGGAGAAUGUACUUUUUUUAAAUAUGCAUAUACUGAGAACGAAUUGAUAUUUUGUAAUUACUGUGAUUUUAUUAAACGUUAGAAGUCAGCCUCCAUGUUAAUGCAAUACUGGAAGUCUCAUUUUUGUAACUCUGAAAAAAUAAAAUGUAAAACCUA